AUGGUCCUACUCCGACAUCCCACGGCCGUUCUGGCCCUCAUUUCCUCCCUUCUUCUCUCCCCGGCCGUUCAGGCUGCCAGCUUAGAGAGCGUGCUUGCCGACCAGGCCAAUCUCACCAUGUUUCGCGGUCUUGUCAAGAACACCGUCCAGGAAACGCUCAAGUACCACAUCCUCAAGGGCACGAUCGACAUGCCUUCGAUCGUCAAGGGAGACUCGAUCUGGGCCGCAACGACGCUGACCGACCGCAACUACUCGACCGUGACGGGGGGCCAGCACCUGAUUCUGACCAAGCAGCCCGGCGGCGAGGUCGUCUUCACCUCGGGCUUCGCCACCCGCGGCACCGUCGUGGUCGAGGACCUCCAGUUCGAUAGCGGUCUGGUCCAGAUCACCGACUCCGUCAUGCACGUGCCCGAGACGCUCGAGUCGACGGCCCGGAACGCCUACAAGGACCUGGCCGCCUUCGUCGGCGCGCUCUACGCCACUGACCUGUACGACGAGGUGGCCGGGUGGGAGGACGUGACCAUCUUCGCGCCACGCAACGCCGCCUUCCAGCAGCUGGCGGGCACCUUCGCGGCCAUGGACCGGGACGACCUGCGCCGGGUGCUGCGCUACCACGUGGUGCCGGGCCGGUUGUCGCACGUGUGGGAGCUCCGCAACGCGAGCGCGCUGGCGUCGGCCGACGGCGGCACCGAGGUCGCCAUCACGCGGCAGGCCAACUCCAUCUUCGUCAACUCGGCCGAGAUCAUCCAGCCCGACAUCCUCCUGGCCAACGGCGUCGCCCACCUGAUCGACAACGUCCUCGACCCCGGCCAGCCCGACGCGCGCCCGGACUUCUCCCUCACCACCCAGCAGCCCCCCGUCUUCACCCCGCUCGGCACCGCCACGGCCACCGGCGCCAACGUGCCCACCCCGUUCGCCUCCAACCUGCCCUGCACCCCCAGCUGCGUGGGGGGGACCCGGGCCACGGCGGCGCCCACGGGCUCCGGAGGCGCCGAUUCGAGCAACGCCGGCGGCGCGCUGCCGAGGUGUACGGGGCUGGCGGGUGCGGGCCUCGGCAUCGGGUUGGCGGUGGGCGCCAUCAUGGCUGGCUUCUAA